AUGCCCGCAGGAGUUUCUGCGGCCUCGCCCGAAUACUUCCUCCUUUGCUCCCCGCGCGGCAGCAGCGCGGGCCAUUCCGACAGUUCGGGCGGCUCUUCGUGGGAGCUGGUCGGGCUGGAGUGCUCCGACGAUUGGCAAGUGCCGGACCUGCCGGCGAGUGCGCUGCAGAGCGCCGACGAGACGGCUCGCUUCGGGUGGCGGCCGUUCGGGCUCCUGGUGCGGUCGUUUUUCUCCCUGGUGAGUGACCCUAUCGUGGAGCAGGAUUCAGCCGACGAGGCCGGGGGUCUCGAGCUAGAGAUGCCAGUGGAGCCAUGGUCUCGCCGCUUCUACCGCCAGAGUGCGACCGACGGUGUGGAGGUGCAGUUGGUGCGCCGCAAGAGCGGCAAUGUGUGGGCCGUCAUCGGCCCGGACUUGACCCUCGGCCUGAUCUGCAUCACGGCGAAGACGUCCAUCUUCACGGACCCUGUGGCGGGGAUUCGCCGGCGGCCGAUGCCUCCUCUCUCUGCAGCCCAGAGGGGCGCCUACGUCAGUCAGGCGACGGAGGGGUUGAGGGCGUCGACGGUGCCGAUGUUGCCGCUUUACCGCCCCGGCAAGGGUGGUCAGCAGGCGAUCGCGGUGAACGUCCUGAGUCCCGAGCGUUUCUUGGGUGUGCUGGCCGCGUUGUUCGUAUUGUACGAGCUGCUGGGGCUGCUGGGCGUGAUCGAGUACAUGAAGGAGGUCUGGGUGCACACGAUCAGCUCCCUGGUCACGGCUAAGAAUGCGUUCGUGGAGAGCUCGGAGGUCGUCCAGGAGUGGGCCACCUACCUGUGGGAGUGGAAGGAGUGGGCCCAGAAGCUGAUGCCUCUUCAGCGUUGGUUUGCGAUGUUAUUGGCCCUGAUUCUUCUGACCAUCUGGGCGGCUCACGAGUGGUCGGACAGCGGGGAGUAUGGAGAGUCUUCGAUUGGGUCCUCAAGCGCUUCGAGUGUGGAUGUGCCCGUGGGUUCGACGGCUUCGGUGCCUCCGCCCUUGCCGCCGCCUGGCUAUCUUUCAAGUGGAGAGAGUGCUGCUUUGGCAAGCCAGCUGAACGAUCUCGUGGAGUCCCAGAAGGCCAUGAUGGAGGAGAUCAGCGAGAUCAGGACCGCCGAGAGGACGAGGGAGUUACGUCGGGACGUACUCGAAGCUUCCCUGGAUUCGCGCGGUCGCGCGGACGCCGAGGCCAACAAGCAGGUGAUCGAGGGCGUGAUUGCGCGGCUGGAUCGGUUCGAGGCUCGUCUGAAGGGCGAGGCCCCUGCGGAGGCCGGAGCUGGCGAGCAUGGUGCUGCUAUCGAGGGGGCGAGUUCUUCGGCUUCGGCGGUCGCCGUGCUCGGGUCGCCCACGAAGAGUGCCCCCACAGCGUUGAUGGAGACGCCCGAGAAGCGAGUUGCCACGUCUCAGCCGGAGGCCGUAGAGCUGGCCAUCAAGCGGAUGCGCUUCAAGGCUCAGUUGCCGCAGCAGGUGUUCAUGGAGCAGCUGGACGAGUACAGGGAGAUCGAGCCCGAGGAGUGGAACAGCCGCAUGCCCGAGGGUUACCGCCAGCGGAUCUCGGCCGAGGUGCUGUCGGAGAUCUACUCGUCAGGAAAGACGGCCGAGGCCUGGGCAAGGGACUUCAUCAGGGACCGCGGCCUGAGCGACUGCAACACGGCGCGGGAGAUGACCGCGGCUUUCGCCGCGGUGGACACGAUGCUGAUGACCGAUCGUCAAAGGGGACUCCUCAACCUGGUGAGCUUCGAGCGGUUCGUGCGAAAGGGCUGCGCCAUUGUGGGGGCUUACCGCAACGUGCACAGCCGCGACGACUGGAGCCGCCCCAAGGAUGCCAAGAACUCGAAGUCGAAGGUGGACUGGGAGGCGGCGCGUCGCUUGGACCCCCAGCUCGCCGACGAGAGCACGAUUCGGGUGAUGAGCGCCGAGGAAGAGAUGAAGAAGGCUAUGGGUCGCGACGCGCAGCUGAUGAAGGCGCGCUCCGACCUGGACGGGGGCGCGGAGGAGAUGUUGAGAGAGGAUGGCGAGGCUUGUGUUCAGGCCUGCGAGAUACGCAACUACGUGGACCCGCAUUUCCGCAAGAAGAAGGAGAUGUUGCAGCUGGCCCGAAGGAUGGCCUUGGCGGGGAUGUUGUGUCGCACUGCAGUGAAGGUGGACGAGGUCGGGCUCUUUUGCGUUGUGGAGAAGGCGGAGCUGGUGGGGGGCGAGCCCGAGGUGACGCUGAGUCGGGAUCUGCCUGCUGCGCACUACGAGUACAUCGACGACUUUGGCAUCCUGGGCCUGGACUUCCCGACGCGGCCUGGCCAGGAGGCGGCGACGACGGUGGAGGAGAUCUGGCUCGGUGCCAAGGAGUUGGCGGUGUCCGCGGGCUUCAAGGUGCACAAGGAUUCUUGCGCGGCGGACUCUCGCAUGAUCGGUGGCGAUCUUCGGGGAACUCGUCUGGCGCCGAACCAGGACAAGAUGUGGUUGGCGGUCUUCGGCAUACAGGAGAUCCUGAUCCACAAGUGGGAACUACCCGGCACCGUCGCGCGGAUCGUUGGCAUCCUGUCCUGGGGCUUCCUGAUCUGCCGUGGUGAUUUGAGCGUCUUCGCGGACGUGUACGCAUGGUGCAUGGAGUUCCGGGGUGGACCUCGGCGCGAGGUCCCACGGGAAGUGCUGAGGGAGUUGGCUGCGGCUGCGGCCUUGGCGCCGCUGAUCUCAGUGGACCUCUCGACGCCCUGGGACCCGACGGUGACGAUGUUCGACGCGAGCCUCUACGGUGGUGCGCUCAUCUCUACGGUGGCCACGGUGGAGGGGCAGCGUCGAGAAGCACGAUAUGCAGUUCGAGGAGGCUGGACCGCUUGGACGGGCAUUUCCUCGUCCUGGGCUGCGGACGCCCGGUGCGAGGGGGAGGCCUUCAGACGCGCGGGCGCCGACGUGGAGUUGGGUACCCGGAUCCGAGUUCCGCCUGCGCACGAGUGCUGGGACGACAUCGCUCGGUGGAAGGAGGUUGCACGCUGGCGCUGGGAGGAGAAGGAGCACAUCAACCUGCUGGAGAUGCGCACGGGGGUGGCCGCGGCGAGGCACUCGGCCCGCGCCCGGGCGAGCUGGGGGAAGAGGCACUUAAGCAUCACGGACUCGAUGGUCUGCCUCGGCGGCUUCGGCAAGGGCAGAUCGGCCAGCCGGUCCAUUCUGAUUUUGCGCAGGAGAAUGGCCGCCCUCGACCUCGGGUGCGGCAUGCGGGAGUACUGGCGCCGGGUGCCGUCGGGCCGCAACCGCAGCGACGGGCCGAGCCGAGGUUUUCCGAUUGGGCAGGCCCCGAAGGAGCGGAGGACGGACGAGCUGGCGUUGCCGGAGAAGGUGGCUUCGAGGAUCGAGGCCCUGGCGGACUUGGCGGAGGUGGACCCCUUCCAGCCGCUCAGGAUGGGCGUCUCGAUCCCGGUGGAGGUGCUGCGCUUCGCCCACCUCUGCAGCGGACCGCGGGUUCGCGACGUGGACAUCGGCUUCGGGGCGGAGUUCGACCUGGCGGACGAGGUCAACGUGCGGGGGCUGGAGCUGCUGGCGGAAGACGGGGGCGACGCGAAGAAGGUGAAGCUUGGGAACGCGCAGUUGCUGAGCAGUUUGAGGAUCCUGAAGGCGAUCGGGCUCAAGGGCGGCUCGGUAUCCAUCGAGCAUCCUGCCGAUCCGGGUUGCCCGCCGUUUCCUUCGAUCUUCGUGACCAAGGAGCUGAUGGACUGGGAGGCCCAGUUUGGUGCCUACCGAUUGAUCUUCCCGCAGUGUAUGCGGGGCUGCCCCGCGCUGAAACUGACGACGCUCACGGGGGCGGCCUUCGGGAUGCAGCGGUUUGUUCGCCCCUGCGUGCACGAGAACCACUCGGCGAGCCUCUGCGGCAAGGGCGAGAGCGGUCGCUUUCGGACAAGGGUGGCCCAGGCGUACUCUUCCGACUUCAGCAGGGCGUUGGCGGAGUGCCACGUGGACGCGAUGCUGACCAUGCAGGAGAGACGGGAGGCCGACCUGACCGAGAGGGCCGUGGAGCAGUUGAUCUCAGAGACCCUGGGGCGCAGGCGCCGGGGCGCUACGUUGCUGGAGUCAUUACCUGCAGCUUUCCUUCGAGCCUCGGGCUGA